GCUUCACAAAUUAAACAAGAAAUGAAUUGACUUUACUGUUAAUCCACACAAAUGUAGCUACACUAAUAUUUGAACAGAAAAACAAUCAAAUCCCUACUACAGUUUGUUGUUUAUUAUUGCUUUAAUGUAUUACCUACAACUAAAUAAACAUUAUCACAUUGAAUUUGAGGAAACUACAUAAACAUAUGCUCACAUAUUUACCCAUCCUAUUUUUUUUUCAGAUUAGUGCAGAUUAAGUGCCACUCACUGUCAUUUAUUGAACUAAAUGGACAGGAGGGUAGACUGAAUAAAAGAGACACAAAGCUAAAGCAUAAAAAACAAUGCAACAAAAAAAAGGAUCAUGCUAAUCCCAUGUUGAAUGUAGAUGUAACUUUAGACCAAUGUCUACUGUCAGGAGCCAAACCAACCAUCCGGGGGGCCAACCUCUCUGUACUCCAUUUAGUAACUUUAGUACCACUUGAAGUUGCUGAGGGGAGCACAGCUCAUAAUUAUGGCUGGAAUGGAAUGAAUUGAAUGGCAUCAAACACAUGGUAACCAUGUAUUUGAUACUUUUCCGCUCCAGCCAUAACCACAAGCCCGUCCUCCCCAAUUAAGGUGCCUCCAACCUCCUGUGUUUUAUUACUAAAUUUACUCCAUUGGGGCUCAAUGAUCAAUUUCAAUUUGUGGCUCAUAUUAGCCCCUAGUGGUAACAUUCUGAACUGUCACCAGCCUCUCCAACUGAAGUUAUGUGACUGCACUCACCUAGCAUGAAAUUUGUUUUGUUUACAGUUGGUGUUGCCAGGAUAUGUUCACUGAAUACCACUCCUCUCCUUAGACCCAUUAUUGUCUGCAAUGAUUUAAACUGUCAGUCAUCUAAACAUGAGUGCCCAGGACUUAAUAACAUUCAAUAUUGGAGGUCAAACAUUCACCACUACUCUGUUAACUCUCAGAAGACACCAAGACUCAAGAAUAGCUAGGAUCCUGGAUGGCAAAGACGCAGAUUUUAAAUUUAUCAGUGGACAAGUUUUUGUAGAUAGAGAUGGGACUUUCUUUAAAUACAUCCUGGAUUAUAUGAGGACAGGUCAAAUCACCUUGCCAGCAGAAUUCUCUGACUACAAUGGCUUGGCUCAAGAAGCACAGUUCUAUGGUUUGCAUCCUUUGGCACUUUGGGUUGAGAGGAACAGCCAUCGAUCCAGAGUUGAGGUUCUAGAGUUGCGCUUCUCUGUCCAAGAAACUCACGGAUUCUUCCAAAUAUUCUGCUCCAACAACAAAACUCUGGAGGCUUUGGCAAGAAGGAUAUCCAUUUUUGUGGAACAUCCAAAUCUGAAUGGGAAUGUCCCACACCUGCCUCAGAACUCCAGCACACCUCAUCCUGUACCGGUCCAGAGACCCUCUCACCACAACAUGGUGUUCCACUGUGGGACUGACCAACUAGCCAGGGAUGACUUCUCUGCCAGGUUUGUAACUAUUGAGCCUGAUGACAGAAAGCUUCUCAACAGCACCAACGUCCUGGGCCUGCUGGUAGACACCCUUCUGAAGGAUGGGUUUCGCCUGAUCGACACAAGGACAGUUUCCCAAGAGGAGAAGACUGAAUGCUACAUGUUUGAAAGGAGCAGGAAUACCCAGAUCGUUGUACUGAGUGAAACCCCCAGGGCAGAACAUCUCAGAAGACAGGACACACAGAGCCAGCUUGGUGAAGGAAAGAAAAAGUGAACUCAGUGUCAGGGUGCAUCUCAAAAGUCUGAAGUGGUUCCCUUUCCAUGUCCAGUUCUGUCAUAUCAGUGGACUUCAGACUAUUGAGAUGGAUCCAUUCUCUGCGAGUCAGACUGGAUUGACCAGCAGAUGGCGACAAAGGAUAAUAAUGUUGAUGGCCAUAAUGUCAAUAUGCUUCACCUCACCAUUAGUCUAAAUUUAUACAGUAUAUUUUAUUUGACAUCAAUUUCCUGUGUCCUAAAGUAAAUUUCCAAAAGUACAAUUCUCUAAAUUGAAAUAGAAUUGAGAAUGUAUUUGAUCAAGAAUACAAAUAAAACAUGAAAAAAAACGUUGUUUUAUUCAACCAGGUAGCCCAUAGACUGAUGUCGAACGGCAAUGCUUUGCUUCAACAGCACCGUUAAUACUGGAGGCUUCAGCAGUGGUGAACUCCAAUAUUUACGUGCUGCUACAGCAAGGCAGCCAGUCACAGAAUGGCGGUCACAAGCCUCGGAUGUCCAGGCUUCGCUCACGUUGUUACAGACAUGCACGUAACACCACAGCCAUCCUCUCUUGUACCCAGGCUGAACUUUCAAGCCCUUGCCUUAGACACUCAUCAUAGGUCUGAGAGGAUAGGAUAGGUGUAAGCACAGGUUGGGCAACUCUGGUCCUGGAGGGCCAUGGUGUAUGCAGGCUUGUGCU